CUGUGGUGGGCGAGGGCUUCCCCCGGCUACCACGCCGUCUCUGGGGGCAGUCGCCGUGGCCGAUGAACUUCCCACAGGAGGUCAUCGUCGACGACGUCGGCGUCCGUGGCAUCCUGGAUGGACUCCUGGAACACGUCCCCGUUGACGCCUUCUACUGGAGCAGCGACCACGACAGGGAGGUGCCCGGCUACCUGUCCCAGGUGCGCUGGCAGGUAAGAUCCUCGUCCGGUCGCGUGGAAGCCGUCCCAGACAACGGCGUGCCUUCGGAUCAGCUGCUCGAGAUGGCGCGGACCUCGGAGCUCCUCGUGAGGACGUGUGAAGCGCGAUGCAAUUCACCAAUCGUCCUGCGAGUCGGGACGGUGCCGGGUCCGAAGGACACCCGAAGAGCGCAACGACGGGGACGCGCGCCGGCGCGGUCCAAGAAGGACUCCAAGAAAGUCACCAGGAUGGCCAGCCCGACCAGCUCGAGCACGGAGGUUGACGAGAGGACAAGCGUCUUCCAGGUUGACGAGGGCGGAGCUGACGAGGUGGACGCCACCGCGGUGGGCAAGAAGAGGGGGGUGAUCGUGCAGGAGACGGACGCGGAGAAGGGCAAGACGACGGAGGUGGGCGUCCAGACCACUCCACGGCUCGCACGGCGAGUGAACCUGAGCCUAAGUAUCGCCCCACCCCCCACGGCCGAGCUAACACCUUCGGCCACAAACACCUCAGAGCCGUCGACGCCGACAAACUCGCCCAUUUCGAGUCCCACGUGGCACGAGUACUUUACGCCCCAGGGUGUAGUGGAUACAGACCCACUUCUUCACGUUGAAGUCAAGGCGGGUGAUUCUGCUCAGAGCGAUUCUCUUCCUGCGCCGAUGCUGCAGCAAUCUGCAGAUGAGCCUGCGUCCACCGGCGAGGUGGAAUGCACCCCGCUGCCCGACUCGCCCCCCAGAACAGUCCGGGCGACACCAGAGAUCAAAACCGAGGGCGCCCACGCGAUGCACCGUCCAACGGAAGACGAGUGCCAGAUCGUGUUCGGGAGCGGGGGAGAGGCGGGCGGGGAGCCGAGCAGCAGCAAGGCCGUGUUCGCGAGGGGCAAAACGCCCCAGCUGCCCUCCACUCCGCCGCCGCCAACACCACCGAGCACCCCGUUCUGGUUGGGCGCCAACGAGGAGCUGCUGCAGCUGCAGUCCGUCGCCAUUGUGCAGGCUGCGGCCAGGCAGCUGCGGGGGGAGAGUUCCCCGCCCCCAGACACACAGACACCCUCGGGCCCAUUCCAGGAGGCCCCCGUCCCUCCAUCCCCUGCGAACGAGGCAGCCCUUCAUUCGGCCCAUGAGGCUACGGUCCUUGCUACCCCAGUGCAGGAGUCGCCACACCUUCUUUCAGAACACAAUGAGCUACACCUGCAUCCGAACGCACAGGGAAUUCCCGCUUCUCACAAAAUCGAGGCAUCCAAACAGCCCGGCAACGCGAUUUCCCUACCACGAUACAACCUGGCCCAGGGCAGUCCCACAGUCCGUUCCUUGCCGACAAGGUCCACUCCGCGGCCACAACCACGGCAUUGGCCUUUGGUGCCGGUGCUCAAGAAGCCAGACGCACCACCGGCUAAAACCAACAAACGCGUCUCUUUCGACGAGAACCUGGUGAAGGAGUUGGCCCCGACCGAACAGGAGUGGCCCAAGGAUGCAGCACCGCGGGUGGAUGACCCAGAAACCACAGAGCAGGAGGAGCAGCCCCUGGUGCGCAUCACUUGUUGGGCUGCGAGAAAUCAAGAUUCCGGUUGUCCACAAAAUAAUCCUCGGAAGGAAAGCGACGCCGCCAAAAAGAAAACCGAAGCCAUCGAACAUCCCCAAAGCCAGCCGCCAGCUCAGAGACUGCGGAAGCCGUGGGUCAGAUCCUCCAGGCCUGGGCUCCAGCUCGCGGUCCCCGACAUCAUUCCAAUCAACACCAUAGCCUCGGUGGUCCCUCGGACCAGGACCCGCAAGCUUUCAGACGGCUACAGGACACCAUUCAGGUCCGUGCCAUUGUGCCUUCCGUCACCUGCUCUGGACAUGUAAGAUGCUAGGAACUCAGCAGCACCUUCUGUAUGCUUCAAUAU